AUGGUGGGCAGAGGCGGUGCGUCCCCUGCAGAGCCCGGGCUGGGGGAGGGCCGGCAGCCCAUCUGUCAGGACCCGGGGCUUCACGCUCAGCGGACCCGGCUCCAGCGUUUGCUGGUUCCCGUCGUCAGCGUCUUCCUCUGCGAGGAGACAGCUGCACGUCCGUGCGCCAGGAAUGUGGGUGCUGGGAGAGCCAGUGGCAUCAGGAGUGUGAUGCAGGCUGGCCCGCUGGGCUCUGCCGUCUGGGCUCAGGGCUUCCUUCCCCUCUUCCCUGUGGGCCUGGAGGUGGUGACCACGUCUCAGCAGCUGGCCCUGCGUGACCCUGACAUCCCAGCGGUUCUUCUACACUCUGCCCACCUCAUUCUUGUGGAUGCUGCCCACAGGGGACAGACCCAGCCACUCAGCCUGAGUGCCGUCAUCUCCUGCCUCACCCUGCUCCCCCAGGCUUUCCCAGAGAGGUGCGUGGGUCUGCGCCACCUGGGGGUGGUGGGUGCCACUCUGGCCCCUGCUGAGGGCCCGUGCCAUCCAGACCGUGUCUGUGCAGACGGACAUUGUCAGUUGGAACCCGGGGGACACGGCAGCAGCCGCGGUCACAUCCGAGCAGGUCCAAACCUCGACGACCUUGGAACGUGUGCCGUGCACGGGGCCAGCAGGGUCCUCAGGGACCCGAGGUCCUCGGAGGACGGGCUGGGGGCUGACGUUGCCCAGGUUUGGGAUAUCCGUUUUCAGAUGCUUCUGUGCAGCCUCCUGAUGGCUCAGUGGUCUGGCAGCAAAGUAGAAAGAGCCUGCCUUGGCUGA